GCAGCAGGAGCACCGGGCACUCAGGUCGGGCAGCCUCGGGAGUCGGUGCCGCGCGCUCGAGCCCCCGCAGCACUCAGGCCGCGCACGCUCCCCUCCCCGCGGCAGGCCGAGGGCCGCCACCCGCCGAGGACUGGGCAGGAGCGCGCGGCCGCGGAUCCGGGCAGGGGUGGGGACGACGCCUUUUGUCCCCGUCGACUCUUGGAAGUUUGCGGCGGGACACGCGCGGGGAGGCGGCGGAGGCACCCGCGACGUCGCAGGCGUGAGCGAGCCGAGCGAGCAUGGGCAGCGGGCGCGGCGCCGGGGGCCGGCGCGGGGCCGCCGGGGGCGUGCUGCUGGCGCUGGCCGCCGGGCUGCUGGCUGCGGGUUCGGCCAGCGAGUACGACUACGUGAGUUUCCAGUCGGACAUCGGCUCGUACCAGAGCGGGCGCUUCUACACCAAGCCGCCGCAGUGCGUGGACAUCCCGGCGGACCUGCGGCUGUGCCACAACGUGGGCUACAAGAAGAUGGUGCUGCCCAAUCUGCUGGAGCACGAGACCAUGGCCGAGGUGAAGCAGCAAGCCAGCAGCUGGGUGCCCCUGCUCAACAAGAACUGCCACAUCGGCACCCAGGUCUUCCUCUGCUCACUCUUCGCACCCGUCUGCCUGGACCGGCCCAUCUACCCCUGCCGCUGGCUCUGCGAGGCCGUGCGCGACUCGUGCGAGCCAGUCAUGCAGUUCUUCGGCUUCUACUGGCCUGAGAUGCUCAAGUGUGACAAGUUCCCCGAGGGGGACGUGUGCAUCGCCAUGACCCCGCCCAAUGCCACCGAAGCCUCCAAACCCCAAGGCACAACUGUGUGUCCUCCGUGUGACAACGAAUUGAAGUCUGAAGCCAUAAUCGAACAUCUCUGUGCGAGCGAGUUUGCGCUGAGGAUGAAAAUAAAAGAAGUGAAAAAAGAAAAUGGUGACAAAAAGAUUGUCCCCAAGAAGAAGAAGCCCCUGAAGUUGGGACCCAUCAAGAAGAAGGAACUGAAGAAGCUCGUCCUGUACCUGAAGAACGGGGCCGACUGCCCCUGCCACCAGCUGGACAACCUCAGCCACCAUUUCCUCAUCAUGGGCCGCAAGGUGAAGAGCCAGUACUUGCUGACGGCCAUCCACAAGUGGGACAAGAAAAACAAGGAAUUCAAAAACUUCAUGAAGAAGAUGAAAAACCACGAAUGUCCCACUUUUCAGUCAGUCUUCAAGUGAAUCUCACGGGGCGGUUUGGGGAGGGAGCGGGGGGUUGGGGUGAGGGGUGGGGGCUGAGCAGACAACCCUGGAACUCACUGCUUCUUCUGUGGGUGGAGGACGCUGUCGUCCAGCUGGCUUUGCUCUUGCAGCAUCCCUACUCUUCCCUGCACAGCCACGCUCCAGACCCCGGUGUAGCCAAUAUUUAAAGCCGCACACCCAGGUAAGGAAAAUCAGCUAGAUUAGGAAGCCUUGUAUGAUUCACAGUGUGGACCAGCAUGUCACUGAGUAAAAGAAAGUGCAACACCAUUUCCACCAGAGACACACUCACUAAAGAAAAACAUGCCGCUGAGACGGGGUUAGGCAAAAAUGUAAAAGACAACAGCAAAAAAGUCAGAGAGCAGCAAAAAAUAGUCCCUGCAACCAUCUUUGUGUCGUUACAAAUUGUUGUGGGUGGUUCAGUUAGUUGUUCCUUCAGAACUAGACACUUGAAAUUGUUGGUAAGAGAUACAUUGCUUUUGGUUCCAGAGCAGUUUCCCUUUCUGUCUGCUUUAGACAGAACCAGACACCACCACACUUACAACUUAAGAUCAGUCUUGGAGAGGAAUAGGUACAGGGAAGAAAAGCGCAAGUGGUGGGUAAUAGUGGAAACGAGAGGCGCCAGGCCUGCCCUGCCUUCCCGUGUGGCUGUCUUUCGCUGGGAAUCAGUCUCACGCGUCAUGCGAGUGGUCGCUGACAUCAGCCUUGGUGCGUGAUCUGGCCAUCACACACGUGGGGGGCACGUGCCUGCCUUCAUGUGAGGAAAGGGAAACCCGGUGGGCACUGGACCCAUGGCAUGAGAGAGACGAUGAUUUUCAGACUCGGGAGGUGAUGGUUAGUGGUUUUCCAAAAACGUAGUUAAAGAAGAGAAAAAGCAAAAAUUUAGAACAGUCCUGCAAAUUGCUAGUCAGGGUGAACCGUCAUUGGGUGGAGAGCUCAGCAUUCUAAUUUCAUCUGUUCGUUCCAUUUCGCAUAUCUUUAAAGAGCAACACCUGAAAAGCCCAGUUGAUUUUCAAGGGUUUUGUAAAAAGUCUACACUGAGCCUGUGAAAGGUGUACUAAGACCAGGGUCUCCUGGAGCAUCUGAGGCCACUUUCCAGUAGGAAAGUGUCGCAGGGCACUGUGGGGAGGAGGGGGGUCCAGCCGGUAGCCUAGCUGUGUGGCCGUCCUCCCUGAGGAGCCGUGGGCUGCCCCGGCUGAACACAACACUCAUCGGGACUCUCAGUGCUUCCCAUCCUUUCCUCUCCUGCGAGGCAAUGGAUUCCUCUAACUUGAUUGCCUACAAGUCAAAGAAAUUUAGGACAGCCAGCCUGUCUGCCCUGCAUUUUUUAAAAAAUUACUUUUAUUUCUGCAGAGGGAAAGUUAAGUCACAAGUGUCUCCUCAUCCAAGGAGAAAAUUUCCAAGGGAACACAUCUCUGCAGUUUUCCCGAAUGCCCUAAGAUGUUUCUCAAAGCCCUGUGUUUAUUAAAUGUGUACAUAAACCUGCUCACUUACAAAACUUCAUUCCUCUUGUUGAGUGUAUGGGAAAUAAUUGGAAGUAAUCAAUGCUAAUUUCUUCACCAAGCCUGAUUCUUAAUCCUCUUCAGCACCUCGAGGACUUGAGUGAUUGUCCCUCUGGGCAAAAGGCCAUACUCACUGGGGUUGCUGUGGAGAGGCCAGGAAGUGUUGUUGCCUGGCUGCGGCCCUGCCCGGACACAGAAACAGUGGAAGAUGCUGUUAGCUUCUGAAGACUCUGGUCUGAAAAUCAGCCCGCCAACCUCGUUACCUACCUGAGGGUCAUCCUGAUGUAAUUAACCUCUCACAAGUAGUGAUCCUAUUGUUUUAACACCCUCGUUUGUUCUCCCUGACCUUUAAUCAUAAAGUGUUGGGGACCUUAAGUGACUUGCCUGUAAUUUUGGAUGGUUUAAAAAAAUGUGUAUAUAUAUUAGUUAAUUAGGAAUAUUCUGCUUUCCUAUUGUCAACUGAAAUUCAGAGCAAUUUCAUGAGUGCAUGGAUCUGGGUCUUAGUUUUGGUUGAUUGACUCGAGUUCAUUGAUUAUAUCUAUCCGAUGUAUCUGCUCGCUGUGACAGAGAGAACACGUCAUGCCCAGGACCCUCAUUCCCAGGUAGGGGCCGUGGGGGAGGAGUGUAUGUGGGGAAUUAGCAGUCACGGCAGAAAGAUGAUGGAGGAAUGGUAGGUGGCCGUGCUGUGCACCUGUCUACGUGGGGAUUCUCAGGUAGGAGGGGACACGUUCAGAAAAAGUUCAGAAUAAAUGGGAGUUGUGAACGGCAGCUCCAGGUUCUACCCCAGCUGCAGAGUCCUAGGACUGUGAGCUACUGCGUGUUUGAGAUGCCUGCCUGCAGCUUUCUCCAGAACAACUUGACAGUUUCAGGGCCAAAGGGAACCUGUGGGCCCAAAGCUGCAUUUUUAUCUCAAGCCUUUGUUUUGCCCCCGAAAAGGAUAUAAUAAAACCAAUGUGCAGACUCAUUGGCUUGGUCAUUGGUUUCCAAAAGAGUAGGGGAGGUGGGUGUGUGUGAUUUGGUAAUUAUUGCUAGUGCAAAGGUCAUAUUCGUAAAGGUUUAAAAUGAUCAUUCUGGGUUGAAUCCUGUGAGGUCAUUGGCAGAACUCGUCUUUCAAGCCUUUAAAAAAAUAGUUACCUUAGAAGAUAGAAAGGGGGCUGAGAAUUCCCGGGACAUUUGACUUUUAGAAUACCCUGCGUAACACUUGGCUCUCAGUGCCGCUGAAUUAGCGCCCAGGCAGAAUCCAGUCGGAGCUCUAGUCUUCAUCUGCAUCUGGAAGUUUCAGAAACACCUUUGCCCAAAACUAGAAUCUGUGUUUCUCAUCAGACUCCAGGGACCAGUUGCCGAAGUGUGCGUCGAUCGCGUGGGCUCGGACCAUCCGAUUUGGACGCACCCCCUAGGAAACUCCCGGGGAGUGAGGUGCCGUUCCCACCUGUCACCAGCAGAUACACAGGACACAGACGGAAUCCUUGUUCUCUCUAGUUCCUCCCUGUAGCAGUCCUCUUGUAGAGUCUAAAUCUUUAACAAAAGCUUUGGAUACUGUGAAAAUGAUUCUACAUUCCAUUUCAUUUGUGUUGUUUUUUUUUAAACUACAUAUUACCAGAGGUUUUGAUGUUAUCACCUAUGUUAAUAGUAAAUCUGUAUGUGUUCAUUUUAUUUUCAUGCUUUUCCUGCCAUGUAUCAAUAUUCACUUGACUAAAAUCACUCAAUCAAUGAUAA